GUCGUUCACCACUCAACGGCUUGUAUGCUGCAUCGCGUUUUUGCGUCCCUUGUUCCAUAUUCUACCCUACAACUGUCUCUGUCGCAAGUGAGCAGGAGAAGGAUUCAGGCAACGAAUGCAUGGAUCAAGGGUGAGGCUCCACAGACAUGUGGCCUGACGGGGACAGCUUCUUUGACGACGAGGUUCGCAACCUGUACAAAACCGCCGAAUACGAUGGCGGAAUAUACGAUGCAAGGUGGCCGCUCACCAACAUGAGCCUUGUCUUUGAACUGGACAAGAUAUUGGCAUCUGUCCCCACCCGCUAUCGCUCAAGCGAAGAGACGAAAGGCAGACGGGGGCCUCGCCCGCUGUUGGAAAUGGCUCUUGAUGUGCUCAUUGACAACAUGGCGGCUGCGUCGGCCGAUGCCCUAGCCGCCCUUCCACCAAAGCUCUUGUGGCGUGUCUGGUACGAGUAUCGGAAAAGUCGUGUCACGUUCGAUUCGUGGAAGAAAUUCUCAAAGCUGGUACUGGCCGACAGCAAAAAUGACAUUGAGACAGAGGGCACAGUGACCAUCCCUUUGUCAUUGUAUCACAUAAGAUACUACAUUAAAACCCCACGGAGCGACCUUAGCGUCUACACGGCGCCUCUAUUGUCGCCGAGCGUGGACUUCCUCGUCUAUCUGAACAUCGCCGACGUUGAUUAUAUUCAGGCCAACGAGCUUCUGCCGCUUGCCGCCUUACCAAACCUUGCCGUCCUGGAGAUAUUCGACAUCGGCUCGGACAACGCCACCAGUGACCCUCGGGUUACAGACAGCCUCGUCCGAGGGUGGAGCGAUAUGCCGAAUGCCUUCCCGUCCCUGUGUAUCCUCAAGGUACACGACGCCCCUGCUUUGUCCUUCCAUUCGCUACAAUACGUCUCCAAAUUCCCUGCACUGGCUUUCUACGACGUCCAGAAUUGGCGCUCUAGCAGGUCCGAAGUCGACCGCGAUCUCGCCCGUGCCCAAGGUCAAAUUCCGGAUGGAUACGGUGGGAAUGCUCCCGAGCCUCGUCCGUGGGGCCCGCAGCUUCAGACGAGUCUUCACGUCCUCCUCAACGACAAUCGUGUGAAGGUGGACCUAGCGAGCCGCACGAGCUCAGCCAUCAGUCCACAAAAACAUCACAUUGGCCUCUUGAAGGAGUCAAAUGCGUUGGCAACAGUACUUCGUGACGGUGGGCUCUACGCAAAGGAGCUGUGUUAUUCUAGCGCGGCAAUGGUUGACCAGAAGGAUAAGAGCCAUGCCGAGACCUGGGCAUUUUGGGCCCUUUCAAUUAUAGAUAAGAGCUGGCCUUCUCCAAACACGGCUGAUGCCCAGCCCUUGGAAGACCAACACAUCAAGGCUUCGGCACGGGGCGUCCGUCUGCCUUCGAGGCCGGUAGCCUCGCUCUUUCUUGGCGAGCCGAAACUGUCACCGCCUGAAGAUGGUUACGGUGGUCUUUUCUACCGCCAGCUACGGCCAGAAAUUUCAAGCGCCAGUGUAGGAGCUACUCGCGAGGAGCAGCAGCCGCCGCAGCCAAAGAGAGACAACGAUCGCCGUGGGACCGGCCUCAAAUCUCGCAAACGCCAAAAGAUAGCGGAUGUCUUUGCAGGAUUCGGGAUUCCAGAGAGUACAGCCCAGAAGGUGUCUCCAUACUUGCAUCUAGGCUUCCCAAGCCCUUGCAAGUUGGAGGUCGCCCGCGCCUUGCAAGUAGCGCCCUCAUACGCGGGGCUUUAUUGCGCCGACCCUCACGGCGAGCACCUCUCCACCGACGAAGCCGUGACAGCCUUCUACAAAGCCACCCGCAGCGCCGACUCCGCACGCCGGCGAGGCCCCGUCUCGAAGCCCAUCGCCCAGUGCAGCGCCAUCCCCGGCGCCGACGCCGCCGUGCCCGACGCCGUCGCGUGCAUCCAGGAGCUCGCGCGCAAGGGCACGCAGAAGUGCCGCGCCGUCGACGUCGCCACGUUCUGCCAGCUCGGCAAUGCCGUCAUCACGGGCCUCGAUAUCAAGAACCAGCUGGGCGGGUCGGCGUCUUUUUGGCCAUAA